AUUAGAAUGGUCCACAACCAGGACAUGCCGGUCGCGAACGUACUCUGCGCCCGACGAGAGCUCUCGCACAACGCUGCUCUUCUUCUGGAGAACGUCCGCAGCUCCAAGGGUCUCUGCCACAUUACGAGCCCCCGCGCCUUUGCCCACCUCGACUUCAACGCUAAAAAGGCCACUCAAGUUGCUGAGAUGCACGACAAGAUAACGUAUGAGAAUGCGCUCCUCAUGGAGAAGAUGGCGCACAUCAUGGUUCCGUCCGCGAAAAGCAUCAAGAGCGCGACGGCCUUUGCACCGGGCACGUGCAUUGAUGCCAACAUGCUGCCAAAGAUCGACAACCACAACCAGUACACCCUUGUGUCCGGCUAUAAGCGCAACCGUGUGCGGCAGAGCGCUCGCAUCGCCAAGGAAAACGAGCUGUACCGCAAGCGCAUUUUGGCGCAGAAACCCACGUACUCGGUGCAAGCAUUUGAAGCCUCGAAUGCCGUCAAGAACGUCCAUCUGCAGCGAAUACACAAGCAGCUCAUUACGUCGUCACCGACGCCGGCGCAGUUGAAGGCCGACGCGGUCCGCGAAGCUACCGAGGUCAAGCGGACGGCGUUGCGGCAACGCAUUUACGGUCCGCAGCGCGUGGAUACCUCGUCGCUCGAGACUGUCGACCCGUUCGUUCGCAACCAGACAUGUAUCUGCAUUAACAACUUUGAACCGCGGCCACCAACCUCGAGCGGGAACCAAGCCCCCCGCCGCCCCCCCGGGAGGCAACCUCCACGACCGAGUCGCCCCGAGCCCCCAAGUUUGAUCUUCGUAGCGAGACAGGGCUCGCAGCCAGAAGACUCGGAGCUCGAGCUCAUUCUGACCGAGAACGAGUCGAUUCCCGUAUUUGCGUCGCCGCGGUCGAGUCUGGCAGCAGGAAGCCCGCACACGUCGGCCGCCGACGACCUCUCGCCGCUCGAGACGCUAAGUUCCAUGACGCUCUCGGACCGAGACUACCUGCUCGCAGAUUUUUCGCUCGAGUCCAACUACAGUUGAUACCCAAAGACACUUUUGUAGAAAA